AUUUUGGUUUAAACCGGAAGCGUCAUUCAUCGAUUCGUGUGUGCACCCCCGUUCCAAACAGGGAGUGGUCUCGUCCAAAGAUGGCGGCUUCCAUCUUGAGACGAUGUUUGACUGCUGUUGUCAAAGUUGAACGUUUUUCUCCAUCUGUGUCUGGCAGAAGAUGGUUACUUUCAGCAGCUUAUUCAGACACCACAUUGUGGGAGGCGAGAGAAAAGGACCCUCAGAAUUUAGCCUUGUUGGCGAACAACAUGGACAGGAUAUACGAUAGGAAUCUUCCCGUGAGCUCCCUGACUGUGUCACAGUUCGUAGACAACAUUUCGUGCCGAGAGGAGGUGGAUCAAGCCGAGUACUACCUUUAUAAGUUCCGUCACAGUCCAAAUUGUUGGUACCUUCGUGACUGGACAGUUCACAGUUGGAUCCGGCAGUGUUUGAAAUACGGCGCCAGAGACAAGGCCCUGCACACGCUUCAAAACAAGGUCCACUAUGGAAUUUUCCCGGACAACUUCACCUUCAACCUGCUCAUUGAUUCCUACCUGAAGGACGAGGACUUCAGAGGCGCAUGCUCAGUGGUUGAGGAGGUGAUGCUGCAGGAGGCCUUUGACCUUCCUUCCACUCAGAUCCUGUCCCUCUACGCUCUCGCCAGUUACCUAGCAACCAGACCUCAACUCACGAUGUCGCAGGAGCGGGCCCUGGGAGCGUCUCUGCUCAUCUGCGGUUUGAAGCAAGACAACAGCGUGGGCCUCACAGCUCAGCUCCUGGGAAACGCCCUGCUAGGCAAGGUGGAGAUGCAGAAGGGCAUCCAUGCUGUGUUCAAAGGCAUGCCCCUCUUCUGGGAACGAGGAUAUCUGAGUCGAGCGCUGGCCGUCGUGGAAAGCGCCGCCGCCGACGCCUCGCCCGCUGACGUCAAACUCUCCAAAGACUCGUUGGCUUUUCUAGCCGAUGUGCUCCAGGAGCUGUCCUCCGCCUCGUCCGCCUCGUCCGACUCGUCCGAUUCGUCUGGAGAUGAGUCGGCAGGGGAGGAAGAACCAAAAGAGGAAGUUGAUGAAGAUGACCAGGCGGAGAGGGAAAAGCUUCCUGAAUAUGAGAGCAAAUUCAAGGCGCUGGUCAGCCAGCUGGAGGCUCGGGAAAAUGUCGACCCAUCUGACUUCCAGACGUUAGCGACCAGUCUGGCCGAGCAGCAUCUCUCCUCCACGGAGAGACCGGACCUGGACCGGUACGAGAGUCUGCUGGGGGCCUGGGAGGCCGAGAGGAAGGAGCUGAUCCUGAGGGAGCAGGAAGCGAGGAGGAAGGCCGAAGAGGAGAAACUCGAGCGACUCGCGGCCAAGGCGGCGCUCCAGCAGCAAGCCUAAAGGUCGUUUCCUGUAACUUAGCACUUAUUGUGUGUUAAUAUUGUAAUUUUUUCUUUUUUUUAAAGAUACUUCGUUUGUGUUAGAAUUAAAAGAAAAUCAAAUGACUA